GAAGGCGAAGAAGAAGAAGCAGGAAGCAUUUCUUUGAACUCUUGUUGCAUUGUGGGUAGGCGGAAAAAGGCUCAAAACGAUACGCGAAAGCGACGUGCGCACGUUGCAGAGACAAGAAGCCUAAAACAAAGAAAUCCGUUUGCAAGACAGAAUCAAGGAAGACGGUGGAAACAUGUCUAUCGGCGUACCAAUCAAGGUUCUGCAUGAGGCAGAGGGACACAUUGUGACCUGCGAGACCAACACUGGAGAGGUGUACAGGGGCAAGCUGAUCGAGGCGGAGGACAACAUGAACUGCCAGAUGUCCAACAUCACAGUGACUUAUCGUGAUGGCCGGGUGGCACAGUUGGAGCAAGUCUACAUCCGUGGCAGCAAGAUCCGCUUCCUGAUCUUACCGGACAUGUUAAAGAAUGCCCCGAUGUUAAAGAGUAUGAAAAACAAGAACCAGGGAUCUGGUGCUGGAAGGGGCAAGGCAGCUAUUCUUAAAGCACAAGUGGCAGCAAGAGGCAGAGGGCGUGGUGGAAUGGGAAGAGGGAACAUCUUCCAGAAGAGGCGAUAACUGCUUCAGCAGUGUUAAGAUUUUUACCUUGUAUAGUUUUUGGGUUGUUCGAUUUUUGUCGUCUUUGGAUUGGAUACCUUUGAUGUUGUUGCAGCCCUGUGCUUUCUGCAGUUUACUGCUUUAAUUUGUUAAAUUGUUCUUUUUUAUGGAAAUAAACCUGUUUCAAUUUGA